AUGGAUGGAGAACCUGAGGCAUUAUCAGAUACGGCCACCAACUGCAAUCUCGCGUCCGCUUCCGAGACCUUGUCUGACAAUAACCAAGCGAGGCUCGAUUCGCUAGAAAAGAAAGCCGUCCACUUAAGGCUAGUAUUGGAAAAAGACUUCAAAGCUGCCGACAUAAAGUGGAGCCUUUUUGUGGCAGCGGCGUUCAGUUUUCGAUACGAAAGUUGUUUGAGACCAUUUCCACCGGCAUUUAUGAAAAAUGGUGUUAAAGAUAUGGAUGAAUUAUUGAGCGUCAUUACGGAUGUUCCGGCGUUAGAUUUGGUCUUACAACAACUGGACAAUUUGGAUAAUCUGGAACACAUUAGUGAUAUCGUCGAUUUAUUAUUCUAUGUUCUGGUUAGAUUAAAGGAGCCGAGUUUAAAAACUGUGCUUCCAGAGUCGCAUGAAGCAAUUCUGAUAAAUGCACAUUCUACGAAGCCAGCUCCGAAACCGCAAUUUAUUUUUCAAGUGGUGUAUUCUUCCAAGUCGAAUUCGGAAAUAAAAUGGAAAGAGUUGUCCAAAAACCAUAAAGUAUUUUAUGCUUACCACGGCAAUCGUUUGGAACACUUUUACACGAUUCUCAACUUUGGAAUCCAGCAGCAUUUGAACAAGACCACAUUGCUGGGUAACGGAGUUUAUCUUUCGCCCGAGCUCAGCAUCAGCAUGCCUCAUAGCCAUGGUGGUUUUGGAUGGGGGGCUAGUUGUAUCGGGGGGCACUUGUCGUGUGUCGCCCUAUGUGAAGUAAUCGAUGCCCCUGACGGAAUAAAUUAUCAGAGACCCGUCUCCAAUGAAGGAGAUGGCCACUACAAAGAAGACAGUGAAGGACCUUCAGAGCAGACCUUUGAUCCAAAGACGGCGCAUUAUGUGGUUACCAAUUGUGAUUUAGUUCGCGUGCGAUAUUUACUCGUUUACGCCAAGCAACCUGCGUCCAUGAGAUUUCCUACCUCGAACCCGAAUAGAAACGCUGGCGGUCUGCGAGAUUGGGUCACGAGACACAAGUUGUUUUCUAUUCUCCUCGGUUACGGAUUACUCCUAGCGACCAUUGGGUUUGCCAGUAACCAACCCGUUAACUACUACUACAAAAUGAUACUAAAGAAACUAGAUGUAGCCCUUAGUAACGUUAAAGCGUAA